AUGUUACCAUCAUCGUCGGCAAGUAUAAUGUCAUCCUCUCGACAUAGCCAAAACUUCGAUAAAAAGCAACCACUCGAAUAUGAACUAGAGGCAGGAGUUCCAGAAACGGACUCAGUAUCCGUACAUCUGAUCCACCACACUGAAAAUUUGAAUCGAAGCCUAAGUCCAAGAGUCAUCAAUAUGAUUACCAUUGCCGGGGUUAUAGGAACUGGGUUGUAUCUUGGUACAGGUAAAAUGUUGGCUACUGGUGGUCCAUUGAGUUUACUAUUGAACUAUAUGAUUAUUGGGGUAGUGGUAUUUUUCAUGAUGCUAUGUCUUGGUGAAAUGUCUGCUCAAUACCCUGUAAGUGGGUCUUUCACAACAUACGCCAAAAGAUUUGGAAGCGAUUCGCUAGGAUUUGCGAUAUUGAUCAACUAUUGGUUCAACGAUUGUUGCAGUGUUGCUGCUGACUUAACUGCACUACAGCUAGUGGUUCAGUAUUGGACUGAUUUCCAUUGGUAUGUCAUCUCAAUCAUUUUUUGGGUGUUUUUGCUCUUUUUAAAUGUCAUUCAUGUAAGAGCAUACGCAGAAGCAGAAUAUUGGUUGGCCCUUCUCAAAGUGGUCACCAUCAUUAUCUUUUUCAUUGUCAGUAUUAUAUGCAAUGCUGGAAAGAAUCAAAUGCAUGAAUAUAUCGGAUUCAGAUACUGGAGUUACAAGGAUGCACCAUUUGUCAAUGGAUUUAGAGGAUUCAGUUCAUUGUUUGUGUCGGCGGCGUAUGCAUUUGGUGGUUUGGAAUCUGUUUCAUUAACUGCUGGUGAAACCAAGAACCCAAACAAAACAAUUCCAAAAACUGUUAAGGCAACGUUCAUAAGAAUCAUUAUUUUUUAUGUGUUUACUGCAUUCUUCAUUGGUAUGAAUGUACCUUAUGAUUACCCUAAUUUACUGACAAAGACUGUUGCAGUAUCACCAUUCACAAUUGUGUUUCAACAAGUUGGUACCAAAUCUGCUGGUUCAUAUAUGAAUGCUGUUGUUCUUUUGUCGGUGUUGUCGGCCGGAAAUCAUGCGUUGUUUGCUGGUUCGAGAUUGGCAUACAACUUGAGUACCCAGGGCUAUAUUCCAAAGAUUUUCUUGCCACUCAAUCGUUUUCAAAUUCCAUAUGUUGCUGUUAUUGUGACUUGGUUAAUUGGUGGAUUGUGCUUUGCUUCUGCAUUUGUUGGAACUGGAGAGUUGUGGUCUUGGUUGCAAGCAAUUGUAGGCUUGUCCAACUUAAUUUCAUGGUGGGUAAUUGGAGUGGUAUCAUUACGUUUCAGAAGAGGCUUAGCAAAGCAAGGUAGAACCCAUGAAUUAUUAUUCAAAAAUUGGUCAUACCCUUAUGGGCCUUUGUUUGUGGUUAUUUUUGGUGGGUUCAUCAUCUUGGUACAGGGGUGGUCAACUUUUAGCCCAUUUAGCGUCAAUGAUUUUUUCCAAUCUUACUUAGAAUUGGGUGUGUUUCCAAUUUGUUUCCUAUUUUGGUGGCUCAUUAUAAAGCGAGGUAAAGAUAGAUUUGUUCGUGCAGCUGACAUGGAUUUUGACACUGAUCGAUAUAUCGAAACACAAGAAGAGAUUGAGAAUGAACAACACGCCAAGUCUUUGAAAGGGUGGGCCAAGUUUAAGCAUAACUUUGCUGAUAAUUUUCUUUAG